AUGGUAGCAGCUGUGGAGAGUGUUCGGCGUUAUGGAUUGCAGCACCCCCUGCUGCAAGAAUUGACAGAUGAUGUUGAGCACAUCCAGAAAGCACACAAGCGUGCAGAAGAACAGAAACGAGACGAGGUCCGGGAGCAGCUGUUGGAGCGUGCUGCACAAUUGGUGCCUGGGAAUAGCGAUUCUUUGGCCAAUUUGGAGCACACCAUCGAUAGGGCCGAGCGGUACGGAGUCGAAGAGAACCUUGUACUGAGUGUUUACAGUCAGCUCAAGAUGGCCAAGUGCGAGCAGGAGUUGGAUGAGGCCAUGCAGCUCCGAAGCAUCAGGCAUUUGGAGAUCGCCAUUGACCAGGCGGCGGAGUGUGGCGGUGUUGCACGCGUCAAAGUACGCGCAGCAGAGCGAGUGCUGGAGGAGGAGCAUCACAUCAAGAAAGUUUUAAACUACUUCCGGGAAACCCUGCGGUUGCCUGGACGGAAACAGCGCGUUCUCUGUUGCUACGAGGAGCUUUGUCAGACACAACUGGGCCGCUCAGAAGAAGGUGGCUUUCGCACUCCGGGCAAGCGCUACAGUCAGGAUGAUCCUUGGGUCCAUGCGCAAGCUGCGGAGGAAGUGCAGACAGAUUAUGUGGAGGUUGUAGAGGAUACCUCAGACAACCUCGUUCUCAUCCACAAGGAUGCCUACAAGGAUGCCCUCGCAAGUUGUUGCAGGGUGGCCGUGAAGCUGGCCAAAGUUCCGCGGACCGGCCAGUUGGACCAGGAGAAGUCCAUGUUGGGGCUCACCCACCCGAACGUCGUCAAGUUCACGGCUCCGGGGCUGAGAGUCCUGCCAGAUGCUGAAGAGGCAGAUCUCUUGUUUUUGUUCAUCUUCUUGGUGAACGUUCUGGUCCGGAUUGUUCAUCUCCACAUGUUGUGCUGCUUCUCGUGA